CAAUUAACAACUUAAAUCAAUUUCUCCUCUUCAACUAACAAAACAAAAAUACAAUAAAAAAGAUUCGAAUUUUUUCCAACAAUUUAAUUAAUUUGUUUUUGUGGGCAUUUUUUAACUUUGUUAUAAAUAAAAAAGGCUUUCAACUUUUACUCCGAUGAGCUCUCUACAUUUCUCCUUCUUCUUCACGCCGCCUACCAAAUAUAAACACUCUCUCUAUCUCUCGCCAUUCUCUCUCUCUCUCUCUCUCUCGCACUCUCUUUGCAUUUUCCUCUGUACUUUCCCAGGAAUUUUUUUUUCUAUGAUUUAAUCUUUCCCGGAAAAAAAAAUUUGUUAUCUUUUUCUUUCCUGGUUUUUUAAUCUCUCUUUUGUUUCCUUUUCUCUCUUUGCGUGUGUGAGAUUUUCUUCCCUUUCAUCACCUUUUGACGAUUGGUGAUUUUAUAUGUUCAUGUUGGUUCUUCAACCUCACUGGUAUUCAUCUCUCUCUCUGUCCUAAACAACAUCUCUCGCAUUGUCACUGAGAUUUUAUCUCUAGUGGGUUUCGUCUAAACAUGGAGAUUUGAUCGGACGAGAAGAUCGGAUUCCUUAUUCUGCGAUUGAGGUGUCAGGAGUAUUAAUAUUCGUUGAUCAUCAGACUUUGGAGCUGAAAGUUUGGAUUUUUUUUUUUCCCUCUGUUGAGUGCAUAAAUCACCGAUCUUGAGAUGGAUCAGAGAAGCAUAGAGCCAGAGUUUGAUGAAUUUGAGAAGCUUCUUGGAGAGAUUCCGAAAGUAACUUCAGGAGACGAUUAUAGCUGUUUCCCUAUAUGUUUCAGCUCAACGAGAACAUCACCAUCCAUCAUCAAGAAGACUGCUCGAUUCGAAGAAGAACAGAAUCUUCCCGAUGACCACGCAUUUACCUCUGCGUUUGCUGACAGAAGCUUCCCAAAUCAAACUCGGGAGAAUCCACAAGUUAUGUUCAUCCCUUCUUACCACUCUCCGUGUGCACAUCCUCAAAUGUUCACGAAACAGCAACGUGUUGGCUACUUUCCGAACAUCUCUCCUGCUCAGCCGCACCAUUACCAGCCGACCUCACAGUCUCAGUAUCAAGCUUUGGAUCAGUCUCAUGUGGACUGGAGGAAUAUGGAAGAAGAAAGCUUUCAGAGGCUGAGUCUUCAAGAAGAACAGUACAUGCCUCUGAACCCUCAUUGCCUCUAUCACUACAACAGAAACCACAGAAGCAUGGAUACUGCUCCAAGACAGGAACAUUUCGAUUAUUACCGCCGAGCUGAACAGCCCAACAGAAACUUGUUCUGUAACGGAGAAGAUGGUGAUGAGAGCGUGAGGAGAAUGUGCUAUCCAGAGAAGAUUUUGAUGAGAUCACAGCUCGGUUUAAACAACGCUAAGGUCAUAAAGUACGGUGCUGGAGAUGAUUCACAAAGCGGGAGGCUUUGGUUGCAGAAACAACUCAAUGAAGAUCUGGCGAUGAGCAUCAACAAUCUUGCGUUGCAGCCUCAAAAGUAUAGCUCUCUUGAAGAGGCAAGAGGGAAGAUACUAAUCAUGGCGAAAGAUCAGCACGGAUGUAGGUACCUGCAGAGGAAGUUCGCUGAGAAAGAUGAGAAUGAUAUCGAAACGAUCUUCGAUGAGAUCAUUGACCACAUCAGUGAGCUUAUGAUGGAUCCCUUUGGGAACUAUCUAGUUCAAAAGCUGCUCGACGUAUGCAGCGAAGAUCAGAGAAUGCAGAUUGUUCAUUGCAUAACUAGAAGAGCAGGAGUGCUUAUCAGAAUCUCUUGUGAUAUGCACGGGACGAGAGCUGUUCAAAAGAUCGUUCAAACGGUUAAGAGACAAGAGGAGGUCUCGAUCAUCAUUUCUGCGUUGAAGCAUGGUUUUGUGACUUUGAUAAAGAAUGUAAACGGUAAUCACGUUGUUCAACAGUGCGUGAAGCAUUUGUUACCUCACUGCGGAAAGUUUCUUUUCGAAGCUGCGAUUACUCAUUGUGUCGAGAUUGCAACUGAUCGACAUGGAUGCUGCGUUCUGCAAAUUUGUCUUGAAAAUUCCGAAGGAGAACAAAAGGAUCGCUUAGUCUCUGAAAUUGCCUCACAUGCUCUUCUCCUUUCUCAAGACCCUUUCGGGAACUAUGUUCUUCAAAAAGUCUUUGACCUACACCUUCAAUGGGCGAUCAACGAAAUCCUGGAGCAAUUAGAAGGAAGCUACACAGAGCUAUCGAUGCAGAAAUGUAGCAGCAACGUAGUAGAGAAAUGUCUGAAACUAGCUGAUGACAAACACCGAGCUCGCAUCGUUAGAGAACUCAUAAACUACGGUCGUCUUGAUCAAGUGAUGUUGGAUCCUUAUGGAAACUACGUCAUUCAAGCAGCUCUUAGGCAAUCCAAGGGGAAUCUUCAUGGUCUUUUGGUUGAUGCCAUUAAGCUUCAUAUCUCAUCUCUUCGUACCAAUCCUUACGGUAAAAAAGUCCUCUCAGCUCUAAGCUCGAAGAAGUAAAUCAGAAGAAUUGUAGCAAAUGUUGCUGUUUGUUGUUGGUAAAGUUACCUUGUAAAUGUAAUGAAUGUAAUAAGAGCACAAUUCGCAGGUUUUUGGUUUAUAUUCUAAAAGACAAAAGAUUCAAAGAACAUGGCUUUGAUCUAAUCUGCAAUUCCUCUCUUUGUACAAUUUGAAAGACCAUAUCACGGUGAUAUUAUCACCAUAUAUUAAAUGAUUUUACUAUAUAUAAAAAAUGAAAAUUUAUUAUGAAU